UCCCCCCCUCUUUAGUCUAGCCCACUUCAAACAAACUCCACCUCUUCCUUCUUCCACUCUUACUCACUCACUCUCUCACACACUCUCUCUCCUCCCCCUCCCCCUUGGCUUCUGGCUUAUCGUCCUUUUUCUUUCCUUCUUUCCUUCUUCUUUAUCCACAUUCUCAAUAUCUUCUCCCCGCCGUACUCUGUCAAUCACGGCUGCAUCAGCCCCGGGGAGGACAGUUCUGCCCAUCAUGGAUCCCAACAACAAUCGUCUCCACCUGAAUUUCGGGUAUAAUGAUCGCUCCUUCAACAACCUGGCGGCCAACAAUCGCGCCUAUCCCACCACUCCCUCCGCCUUCCCUCAGCCCAUCUACCAGAAUCAGGGCGGUCAGGAGUAUGUGGACGCUCAGAAUGGUGCCUACGGUCAGGGCUAUUUCAUGGCCAACCCCUAUCAGGCUCAGGGCGCCUACGCCCAACAACAGCAGCAGCAACAGCAGCAACAACAACAACAACAACAACAACAACAACAACAUUAUGGCCAGAACUUGCAGUCUCCUCAGGUCGCCUACCAGUCUCGCAUGGGCUAUAACACCAAUGAUGGGACGAAUGGCCUGAUCCAGCAGUUCUCCAACCAGGACUUGAACUCCCCGCGGUCGGGUUUCUUUGGUCGCGCAGCCUCGCCCGCUCAACGGCCUCGGACUGCUGGCUCCCCCGCCGCCGCACAGCAGCAACCCGGUCAUCUGGCACCCCCCAUGCCACGCAGCCCUCGAACCCCCGCCGAGAAUGAAGAGCUUCAACGCUACCCGGAGCGAUACUCGGAGAACGUUCACAAGCGUGGCAAGGCGGCCAAGGAGUUGGUCAGUGUGUUUUUCAAUGAGAACAUUGAGCGCGCGCGCGACCGUAACCUGCGAUCGGCUGAGCUGGAUAAGAUGAUUCGUGACCCCGGUAUCCCGAAGGACUCGAAACGCAAGGAAGCGGAGGUCCUUGCCAAGAAGGAGUCGACAUUCUUGCGAUUCUUGCGGACCAAGGAGACGCCCCAGAAUUUCCAGACCCUCAAGGUCAUCGGAAAGGGUGCUUUCGGAGAGGUGAAAUUGGUGCAGCGGAAGACCGAUGGCAAGAUCUAUGCGCUCAAGUCGUUGAUCAAGACCGAGAUGUUCAAGAAGGACCAGCUGGCCCACGUCCGUGCCGAGAGAGAUAUCCUGGCCGACUCCAAGGACAACCCGUGGUUGGUCAAGCUGCACGCUUCCUUCCAGGACUCGGCCUAUCUCUACCUGCUGAUGGAGUUCCUGCCCGGUGGUGAUUUGAUGACCAUGUUGAUCAAGUAUGAAAUCUUCUCGGAGGACAUCACUCGCUUCUACAUGGCCGAGAUUGUUAUGGCCAUCGAGGCUGUCCACAAGCUCGGUUUCCUUCACCGUGAUAUCAAGCCUGACAACAUCCUGUUGGAUCGUGGAGGUCACGUCAAGCUGACUGAUUUCGGUCUCUCCACUGGCGGCAAGAAGACCCACGACAAUUCAUAUUACCAGAACCUGCUCAAGAACUCUACAUCGAAGGACAAGAACCGUAACUCGGGCUACUUCAACGACGCGAUCAACCUGACCGUCUCCAACCGUGGCCAGAUCAACACGUGGAGAAAGUCUCGCCGCGCCAUGGCUUACUCGACUGUCGGUACACCCGAUUACAUCGCCCCGGAGAUCUUCAACGGCCAGGGUUAUACGUACUUGUGUGAUUGGUGGUCCGUGGGUGCUAUCAUGUUCGAGUGCUUGGUGGGCUGGCCGCCGUUCUGCGCCGAAGACACCACCGACACCUACCGUAAAAUUGUGAACUGGAGAGAAUGCCUGUACUUCCCCGAGGAACUUACCCUCUCGCGAGAGUCGGAAGGUUUGAUCAGAAGUUUCUUGUGUGAUACCGAACACCGGAUUGGGAGUGAGGGCGGCCAAUACGGCGGUGCGACGCAGAUCAAGAACCAUCCUUUCUUCCGUGGCGUUGUUUGGGAGCAGCUGCGCAACAUCCGUGCGCCGUUUGAGCCUCGACUGAGCUCGAACAUCGACGUGUCUUACUUCCCAAUCGACGAGAUUCCGCAGGAAGACACCAGUGCCAUUCACCGCGCCCAGGCUCGUGCCAUGCCGGAAGAGCAGGAGGCGGAGAUGAGCCUGCCGUUCAUCGGUUACACAUACAAAGCAUUCAACGCCUUCCAGGCAAACUGAGUAGCGACGUGGAUAUUGCAUGUUUGUUGGUGAACCCGAUAGACGUCAUUGAAGAGUCCGAACGCGGGCGGGCUUGCAUUGAUGGAUUUUCAGUGGCGCAUUAGGCAUUUCGUCCGGUCUUCCCACAUUGUGCAUCCGUUUCAUCGAGCAUAUAGCGCAUUUCAUCAUCUCUGUUGGUCACGAGCUCAGCAUAUCCGUUUGAUUUACUUGC